AUGUCCCCGAACACUUGGGUUAUCGAAAUGCCGUCGCAGAAGUCGUGCUCUCAUCCGUACCCGCGAAGGAUCUCGCCGUACCGAACGCCGUCCUUGAAUCGGGAUGCCUUUACUAGGGAUUCCCCCGCAGCGGCGACUUCUGGUCCCAGUACGAGGUCACACAAUCAUCCCGUUUUCGAGGAUAUACGCACCAUACUGUCAGUGCUGAAGGCCAGUGGCCUGAUGCCCAUCUAUGAGCAGGUUUCCAACUACGAAGUAGGUCCUCCGACCAAGACCAACGAGUUCUACUCCUUUUUCGUGAGAGGCGUGGUCCACGCCCUCACCAUCUUUAAUGUCUACAGCUUGUUUACACCCAUCUCGGCCCAGUUAUUCUACUCUUAUCGGGAGACCGAUAAUGUUAACCAGUGGAUCGAACUGCUACUUUGCAUCCUGACCUACACCCUUACGGUUUUCGUGUGUGCCCGAAAUACCAAGAGCAUGUUGCGCAUCAUGAACGAGAUCCUUCAAUUGGACGAGGAAGUGCGUAAGCAGUUUGGGGCCAAUUUGAACCAGAACUUUGGGUUCUCUGUGAAGUUCCUGGUGGGCAUAGCCGCCUGUCAGACCUACAUUAUUGUGCUGAAGAUCUAUGCUGUGGAUGGUGUAAUCACACCGCCCUCCUACAUACUGCUGGCCUUCUAUGCCGUCCAGAACGGUCUCACGGCCACCUACAUCGUGUUUGCUUCAGCUCUGCUGAGAAUUGUGUACAUACGUUUCCAUUUCAUUAACCAAUUGCUAAAUGGAUAUACCUAUGGGCAGCAACAGAAGCGCAAGGGUGGUGGAGGCGGUGGAAGGCGACAUCGGGGCAAUGGUCAGCACCAUCCCACUCCCAAUCCGGCCAUUAUGGAACAUUUCCCGGAGGACUCGCUGUUCAUCUAUCGCAUGCACAAUAAACUUUUGCGUAUCUACAAGGGUAUCAACGAUUGCUGCAACCUGAUACUGGUCUCGUUCUUGGGUUACUCCUUUUACACGGUCACCACCAAUUGCUACAAUCUGUUUGUCCAGAUCACCGCCAAAGGCAUGGUGUCGCCCAACAUUCUGCAGUGGUGCUUUGCUUGGCUCUGUCUCCACGUCUCCCUUCUGGCUCUGCUGUCCAGGAGCUGUGGUCUGACCACCAGAGAGGCGAAUGCCACAUCCCAGAUACUAUCAAGGGUCUAUGCCAGCAGCAGGGAGUAUCAGAAUAUUAUUGAUAAAUUUCUGACCAAGAGCAUUAAGCAAGAGGUUCAAUUCACGGCAUAUGGAUUCUUUGCAAUAGAUAACUCGACUUUGUUCAAGAUUUUCUCGGCCGUCACCACUUACCUGGUCAUCUUGAUUCAAUUCAAGCAGCUGGAGGACUCAAAGGUGGAGGACCCCGAACCAGACCAGACUUGAAACAC